UAUGACAUAUUCAUCUCUCUUGGAAUAGCCACCAAGGUCCCCAAAAACCUUAAAAAUAUCCUCUCUCUUUUUUUAGUUAUCCUGCAUGCUCUAAUAAUAAUCCUUCCCCAUUAUCAUUAUUCAUUGAGCUAAACCUUCACCUGCACCACUAACAGCAGGCAAGGCAACUAACAUCUCAGAGAAAACAAAAAAAGCUAUCAUACCCGCAUGGAUUUGGUGAAAUCUGUCUUGUUCCAUCAAUGAAACUGAGAGGGUUCAAGUUCAAUUAUGCGAACGCUUUGCGAUGCUUGUGAGAGCGCCGCCGCUAUCGUUUUCUGCGCCGCUGAUGAGGCCGCUCUCUGCCGUGCCUGUGAUGAGAAGGUUCAUAUGUGUAAUAAGCUAGCUAGCCGGCAUGUAAGAGUUGGUCUUGCAAGUCCAAGUGAUGUGCCGCGCUGCGACAUUUGUGAGAAUGCACCUGCCUUCUUCUAUUGUGAGACAGAUGGAAGUUCCCUUUGUUUGCAGUGUGAUAUGAUAGUUCAUGUUGGAGUCAAAAGAAAGCAUGAAAGAUAUCUUCUUUUUAGGCAGAGAGUUGAGUUUCCAGGAGAUAAACCCGGUCAUGUGGAAAACCCAGCUUCACAACCUCUGGACCCAGGUGAGACUAAAAGAGGACAAAAUCAACUGCCCAAAAUAAAAAUGGGAGAAAAACAACAAAAUCACAGGAUGCCAGAACCUGAUACUGGUGGGCAUGCCAUGAUGGAAACUAAAAUGAUUGAUUUGAACAUGAAGCCUCACAGAAUGCAUGAACAAACAUCAAAUAAUCAGCCAUAAGUCAUGCAACUGGUCAAUGCAGUUCUGACAAGAUCUUACACCAGAAAUCUUCAGAGAUAAAUGGCUUAUAUAUGUCUCAUGCAUGCUAGUUACAAGGUUGUCAUACACUGUGACAUCCUAAUCUGGCAAAUGAGGUGUUGUGGCACCAGGUCUUUUGAGGAUUAUGUUCAACUAUGUAGGAAUUCAAUUUGCUAUUUUAACACAUCAUAUAUGUACUGAAGAGAAUUGUUAACUUUAAAUCUGCUAUCCCCUGGCAAUGAAUUGUGUGUUAACUCUUAUGGUUUGAAAGUUUUAUAUGCCAUAAUACUAAGCUCCUGACAGAAAAUGGCAAAGAGAAGGGUGGGAAGAGAUUUUGAUUCGAAGUUUAGCCAAACCACAUGAUGUUAAACAAAGUAGCAAGUAAAGGCACCUUUGUCAAAUGGUGGCAACUGUAAUUUUUUGACAAAAAGAAAUUAAAGGCAAAUAGUUUGGAUGGUGGCAAACGAAAAUUUUCUUCUUAGUUGUGAAAGUUGGCAGGGGAAAAAAUUCAACAAUUUUUUCAGUAUAGAGCAUUGGGGAUAAUGCCUGCUGCUUAAUUCGGGAUUAGUCCCAUGUCUAUCUCUUUUCUUUCUGCCUGGGUUGUAAGGAUGUUCGGAGCUUGAUCCCUUCCAAAGGGAUAAUUAUUGAGGAAUAAUGUUUCUUAUG